CUGAAAUUGCCAAGGCAGAUCUGACGUGGGCUAAGUAUAUAUACAAGAAACGUAUGAUAAUACAUUAUGCAUAUCAGUUAGUUACUAGAUCUACCUGGUACCAGCCACUGUGCAAAGAUAUGAGAUUGCUCAGUUUCACUGUCCUUCUGUUAGUGGGUGUUCUGGUAGUGGCGAGACCUCAGGAUGAUGCACCAGUCGAGGAUGGCACAAAUUUGGAUACAGCCUCAGAGGACAUUCUGAUAUUACCACCAGAAUGGCCAAUGAACCUGACGGAGUUAGCAGGAGCUAUACAGACGGACUUAGCAGGAGCUAUAGAGGCAGCCAAGAAUGGUACAAAAGUGGACCCCAAGUGUUGGUGGUGGUUUUGGUGGCCCGGGUACUACUACAACAGCUACUACUGGGGAUGAUCCAACGGUGAACACAACUUCCCUGAAAACUCUUCUUAUAGAAGAUAUAUACCUAUUUUGUUAAUUUAUUUAUAUGAUCAAAUAUAUGUUUUUGUAUAUGUUCA